AUGCCACAUUGUCGCCCGAUUAUGACCGUCAAGGAGCCAGAGGUCUCACCGCCAGCCAGCGGGGCGCCCACUCGGGUUUGGCUGAAUAAAGAAGUCUCUCCUGCUCUGCUUGAAGGAAUGCGAAUGCUUGCCCGCACAAAGCCCCAGGAUCCGUUGAGAGUGCUUGGCCAAUUUCUUAUCGACCGCUCCAACGAGGCCCCCGCAAAGAACGAAGAGGCUUCAUCUGGGCACGACGACUCUGUCAAAACAGAAAAUUAA